AUGGGAAAUGCUUCAGACACAUCUGCUGUGUUUGACUCCACCAUCUCCAAGGAGCAUGACAUCUUCAUGGGUUCACUCUACAGCAUCUUUUGUAUACUGUCCCUCGUGGGAAACUGCAUUCUUCUACUUGUUGCAUAUCACAAGCGGUCAACCUUGAAGCCAGCUGAGUUCUUCAUCAUCAAUCUUUCCAUCAGUGACCUUGGAAUGACACUUUCCUUAUUCCCUCUGGCAAUUCCAUCAGCUUUCUCACACAGAUGGCUGUUUGGAGAAUUCACCUGUCAGGUCUAUGCUAUGUGUGGCGUCCUCUUUGGUCUUUGCAGCCUGACCAACCUCACUGCUCUCUCCUUGGUUUGCUGCCUUAAAGUCUGCUUCCCUAACUAUGGUAACAAGUUCUCCUCAACACAUGCUCGCCUCCUGGUGGUUGGAGUGUGGUGUUAUGCAUCAGUGUUUGCUGUGGGGCCCUUAACGCAGUGGGGGCAAUACAGCCCUGAACCCUACGGCACGGCCUGCUGCAUCGACUGGCAUGCGCCGAACCACAAGCUUUCAGCUUUGUCUUACAUCGUCUGCCUUUUCGUCUUCUGCUAUGCACUGCCCUGCACCGUCAUCUUCCUCUCUUACACGUUCAUCCUGCUGACAGUGCGGGGGUCCCGUCAGGCUGUCCAGCAGCAUGUGUCACCACAGACCAAGACCAGCAACGCACAUGCUCUCAUUGUCAAGCUGUCAGUUGCAGUAUGUAUUGGCUUCCUGGGUGCCUGGAGCCCGUAUGCAGCUGUGGCCAUGUGGGCGGCUUUUGGAGAUGCCUCAGGUGUUCCUCCUGAAGCAUUCGCCCUCGCUGCUGUAUUUGCCAAAUCUUCAACCAUCUACAACCCCGUGGUCUACCUGUUGUGUAAGCCAAACUUUCGCGAGUGUCUCUACAAAGACACAACCAUGUUACGACAGAGGAUUUACAGGGGAAGCCCGCAGUCAGAUCCCAAGGAACGCUUUGGAUCCACCUCGCAGCGUAACAAGGACAUGAGCGUCUCAACACGCUUCUCAAAUGGACAGCAGGAGAGCUACGGGGCAUGUUUGCACUGCGCUGAGAAUGCAGCGCCGUGUCAUAUUACCACACCCCAAAGGACUGCGUGCAUCCUGACAGGAUCCACCUACAAAGAGGUGACAGUGAGCCAGCUCUCAGUUAAACCACAGGCUGAUUUGCUCUAG